UGCCAGCAGCCCUCACGCUGGACCCUGUCACAGCUCACCAGCGCCUCAUCCUCUCGGAUGACUGCACCAUCGUGGCCUAUGGCAACUUGCACCCGCAACCGCUGCAGGAUUCACCCAAGCGCUUUGACGUGGAGGUGUCGGUGCUGGGCUCAGAGGCCUUCGGCAGCGGCGUGCACUACUGGGAGGUCAUCGUCUCGGAGAAGACCCAGUGGAUGAUUGGGCUGGCGCAUGAGGCUGUCACCCGCAAGGGGAGCAUUCAGAUCCAGCCCAGCCGUGGCUUUUACUGCAUCGUCAUGCACGACGGCAACCAGUACAGCGCCUGCACCGAGCCCUGGACCCGGCUCAAUGUUAAGAGCAAGCUGGAGAAAGUAGGUGUCUUCUUGGACUAUGACAAAGGGCUCCUGAUCUUCUACAACGCUGAUGACAUGUCGUGGCUGUACACCUUCCGGGAGAAGUUCCCCGGCAAGCUCUGCUCGUACUUCAGUCCUGGCCAGAGCCACGCGAAUGGCAAGAACGUGCAGCCACUCCGCAUCAACACCGUCCGGAUCUAGGAGGGAGCAGGGAAGGGAGCCUGGAGCUGUACAGUUUACUCCUGGCCAGCAGGCUGAGUCAAGAGUCCCUGCUAAGACCGUUCCCACCUACCCCUUCCUGCAGGGCAUGGGGAGAUUGUCAGGCUGUGCUGUUCCUAGCUCGGACCUCCUGGCAUUAUCCGCGUGUGGGAGGGUGCAGGGCUGGGGCAGGGGGGUUGUGGCACUGUUGGUAUUUCAGUGUGCGAGGAUGCAGCAUUCCUGCCUCCCUGUCUGCGUCAGUUUUCAGACUAACCCAAGGAUCCGGGCUGAGUAUGGACAUACAGCUGGCUAUCCCUGGCAUGAUCCCGGCAUCGCCAUGGCCACUCUGCCAGGAUUGAUGCAGACUGGACUCUGUGCUGGCAUGGGGCAGAGAUCACGGCACCUUGCAGAGCUGCUGCUGAACUGCUGUGUGGUAUCUCAGCUCACCUGUGAGCUCCCAGCUGGGUUUGCUCCUGGGGACAGAGCAUGAACCAUCCUCCACAGUGCUAGUGACCUGGCAGCAUCUGCUCUUAGUAUGUGUUACAUUGGCAUUCAGGGGCCCAAGGAUCAUUAAUGAUCUGGAGGAUGGCUUAGAUUGCACCCUCAGCAAGUUUGCAGAUGAC